AUGUCGGCAAUCAAAGCCCCCCCUGAUAAUUGCGUCGAUGAAUCAGACAAUAACCGCGCGAGAGGCAUUGUGGACUGCCCUCACGAUGACAAUGCGACAACCGCAGAACCACCCCAAGAGCAAUCCGGCGACGAGCAAGGCCCGAACGAGCUGACAGAGUCAUUUUCUGCAGCUGCAGUCAAUACGAUCAACGGCGCGCGUGCGAAUCGCUCGUCCGUCGACUGGCCUGGCGAAGACCCGGAAAAUGACUCGAAUAAGGAUCUAGUCGUGUGGCUUGAGACUUUCAAUGAAAAUAAAUUCCAGGCGCUUCCAGAAUCUGAGAAUAUUAUCCCGUCCAUAUACACUGCCACGAGCAAGCCCACCACGUCCAACGGGGACGGCACCGCAAAUAACACUUCACCAAGCGCCGAUAGCGGUGAUUCGGGCCAGGAAGCAGAGGACGAAAGCGGUGUCAAAAACGAGGCGGUAGACAUUGCUUCCUCAAAGAUUGGUACAUGGACAGGCCCAACAACCCCGCCGCCAAACAGCAUUGACGAUGCCGACCUCGAGCAGGCUCGCAAGCCCGAAAACGAGUCAAGCACGGAAACUAUUACGAUCGCCAAGGAAGUAUCUCCAGGCCAUGACCUCCGUAGUUCGGCCCGCGAUACUUCACCUCAUGGUGCAGAGACCGGCCGUCCUUUUCCAGGGCAGUUUUUAGAGCCGCAUCACGAGGAUACUCAGAGUUCAAUAUCCAGGACGGCUGAUCUCGACCAAGAGGACCUGGCCACAGACAGCAACCGGGACAAUGGGGGAUCGCUCGCCAGUUCACCCCCCCAAACCGCGCCUAGUGUUAAUAGUGACUUGUCAUCCUCUAGCGCUGCUAGGUUUGUCAAGAACAGCGAUAGAGGCUUUGUUUCCCUGGCCGAGAACAUCAGAAGAUCCGGUUUACUGAUCUGGGCUCAAGCCUUGGCCUGCAUUGUAAUGAUAGUUGCAAUUGUAGCUCCUUCUCUCGUUAUUACGGCUGCGAUUACGGCUAAUUCUGAGGUGGCUACGGCUGCGAUUGCGGCUAACUCUAAGGUGGCUACGGUUGCGAUCAUGUACUGCAAGGAUACCCUAGAAGCCAUGAUGGGAUGCUGCUGUUCUAAGAAAUCGGACUGUCCUGCCGCCGCCGCGCCGUGA